GGGCGCGGGGGUGCAGAGAGUCAGGACAGGAUGAGGGAUAGCGCAGCAGCCACCUCGGCUUCCUCGUCAGUGACAGAUCUGUACUGCACCCCCUGCAGCAGUAGGUCAGAUCUCUUCCUCCCGAGCACAGCAGGAGACUUCAGCUUGAGCGCCAGCUUGUCAGCUUGUACAAUGCUCUAUGAGGGUGCAGUAGAGCCCAUGCAGAUUGACGUAGAUCCUCAAGAAGAUCAGCAGAAUGCACCCGAUAUCAACUAUGUGGUGGAAAACCCCACUCUGGAUUUGGAGCAGUAUGCCUCAAGUUACAGCGGUCUGAUGCGAAUUGAGCGUCUGCAAUUUAUUGCUGAUCAUUGUCCACAGCUGCGGGUGGAGGCUCUCAAGAUGGCACUGUCGUUUGUCCAGAGAACUUUCAAUGUCGAUGUGUACGAGGAAAUCCACAGAAAAUUGUCUGAGGCCGCCAGAGAACUGCAGAACACGCCUGAUGCUGUCCCUGAUAGCGGGAUUGAACCACCUCCUCUUGACACAGCAUGGGUAGAAGCUACACGCAAAAAAGCUCUUCUUAAAUUGGAGAAACUGGACACAGAUCUGAAAAAUUACAAAGGGAACUCCAUCAAGGAGAGUAUCAGGAGAGGCCAUGAUGACUUAGGUGAUCAUUACCUUGACUGUGGGGACCUCAGCAAUGCUCUCAAAUGUUACUCGCGAGCCCGUGAUUACUGCACCAGUGCUAAACAUGUUAUUAACAUGUGUCUCAAUGUCAUCAAGGUCAGUGUAUACCUCCAGAACUGGUCUCACGUCCUGAGCUAUGUAAGCAAGGCUGAGUCUACACCAGAAAUUGCAGAGCAAAGAGGAGAAAGAGACAGUCAGACACAAGCAAUUCUCACCAAAUUGAAAUGUGCAGCAGGCUUAGCUGAGCUAGCUGCUCGAAAAUACAAACAAGCAGCGAAGUGCUUCUUGUUGGCAUCAUUUGAUCACUGUGAUUUCCCUGAGCUGUUAUCUCCUAGCAAUGUGGCUGUGUACGGUGGUCUCUGUGCCCUUGCUACCUUUGACCGUCAGGAACUACAACGAAAUGUUAUCUCCAGCAGCUCCUUCAAAUUGUUUUUGGAGCUGGAGCCACAGGUUCGUGACAUCAUCUUCAAGUUUUACGAAUCCAAAUAUGCUUCAUGCCUGAAGAUGUUGGAUGAGAUGAAGGACAACCUGCUGCUGGAUAUGUACCUAGCACCUCAUGUCAGGACACUUUAUACCCAAAUUCGAAAUCGUGCCCUUAUUCAGUACUUCAGCCCCUAUGUGUCAGCAGACAUGCGCAAGAUGGCCACUGCUUUUAAUACUACAGUGGCUGCUCUGGAAGAUGAACUUACGCAGCUGAUCCUGGAGGGACUGAUCAAUGCCAGAAUAGACUCUCAUAGUAAGAUUCUUUAUGCUCGAGAUGUAGACCAGCGCAGCACCACUUUUGAGAAGUCUUUGCUAAUGGGCAAAGAGUUUCAACGACGUGCUAAAGCUAUGAUCCUGCGAGCAGCGGUCCUGCGUAACCAGAUACAUGUCAAGUCUCCUCCAAGAGAAGGUAGCCAAGGGGAGCUUACUCCAGCUAACAGCCAGUCCCGAAUGAGCACCAACAUGUGAAAAACUUCAUGUGCUGGAAAUGGUCCCUCCAGGACUGUAUCCAGUGUUUCCCCCAAAAACUGCUGCGCUUCACAAAUUGUCCCUGCCUCUUUCACUAUGCUUGGUUGAGAGGGUCAGGGCGGAGGGUGAAUAAUAUGAAUAUUCUAGUAACCUUAAUUCUUGUUGAAAAGAAAUUCUUUCUAAAAGUGGAAUCUUUGCAAUGGGUUAUCAUUUCAGUGCUGGUAGGACAUCUCCUUCCAUUCUCCUUCAUCCACCACUCCAUGAACAGUUGCUCGGUUAUUCAUACAGAUGCUGAUUAGAGGGUUUUUCAGAUGCUAUUAAUUUUCUUGGUUCAACGCUACAAAAAUAGUGUUAAGUUGAAUGGAUAAGUGUUAUCAAAGAUGAAUUUUGCUGGCCUGAAAUAUUGCCUUGAUUCUGAGCAGUGCUCUGCUUUCUGUUUGUUCAAAUAAACUCAAAUAAACCAAGUGCAUUGCUCUUGGUUAUGGAGCUAGAGUUCUGAUGGGAGACGAGAUUCUUUCGAGAAACUCUUAAGGAUUUUUUUACUAUAUCUGAACACAUGGGACUUCUUCCAUGCAUUCAGACACAGGUCUGUAUUUGAGGUUGUUGUGUUCGCCUGGAUCUAUUUUUUUUCUGUCUGGCCUGUGUUUUCAGAAGCUUGUUUUUUAAUUUGUUUCUCACCUGCACAUGACUUGGCUUUGGGGUCAGUAUUACCAUAGCAGUAAAAUCUCUACCUUGUGCAAGAACUGUUGUUUGUCCAGUCUUCUUGCCACAGUGUGUGAUUGUUUCCCAGCACGUGCAAAAGUUGUUUUUGUCAGCAUGGAUAAAUGUCAUAAAAUGCCACGCAAGUCCUGGGGCAGAGCUGAAAGCAGACAGUCUAGAUGCCUGCUCUCCAGGUGCAUUUAUUCUGCUUACCCUGUUAUCAAGGGAUUAAAGGUGGCGUCCUGCAUGUCUGUGUGCAUAUUCUGUGAAUGGAGAUGUGCACUGAAUGUUCUAAAGUCACUGCAGUCUUGUGGCAUAAGGCAAGCUAAGAACUUUCAUCCAGCUGGAUCUGGCUGGACUAUCAAUUGACUACAGAUGUUAUUGUUAAUGCUUUUUUUUUUUUUUUAAUGUCUGUUAUUUCUAGUGCAUUAAACUGCAGGAUUAAAAAGCUUUGUAGUGUUUGAAGUUUUGUGUUAAAGUUGCUUUUUUACGUAUAUUUAAGUAAUUGUUUUUCUUCUAAGCUUGAUGAUAUCUGGCAGACCAGUUCUUUUUUGGUUAGAGAUAUGUCUUGGAUAGACAGCGAAGAAAGGGCAGUUUGAGGAAAUGGUCUAAGUGCGAAUUGCUGCGCUGCUUUUGUACACAGCUGUGAAACUGCAACAGUGCUCCCUCCCGCUGGUUCUUCUCCCUCUUUAUGACUUAGAUGCCAAAAAUGGAAGCAGUAGUUGCUCUGAGAUCUCUGGUUAAAUAUCUUCUAUCUGACACAGAAAAAAUACCA